AUGGAACAGAGCAUGUCAAGCGAGCAGGCUGAGCGGGUGGCCGGGCGGGUGGAGCAGCUUGGAGGGUUCCAGAACAACGAGUCAAUCAACCAGCGGGCGCUGCUGCUGCUGCAGCGCAACCGGCAGCGGCGACAGCUGCUACAGAGACAGGAAGACCGCACACGGUACAUACCGGACGACGCGAAACGACGGGUGGUGGAGAGAGUUGCGGAGCCGGCGGCUGCGGAAUCGCGUGCGGACGGCGCGCGCGAGGAGGAGCGGGCCGCGCGUCCCGCGCGGCCACGGGAAACGCGUCGGAUAGCCAAGAAGCCGCAGCGAUACCGGCCCAGCGACGUGGCGCUCCAGGAGAUCCGCAGGUACCAGCGGUCGACGGAGCUGCUGAUUUCGCGAAUGCCGUUUGCGCGGCUGGUGAAGGAGGUGACGGACCAGUUCACGACCGUCGACCAGCAGAUGCGAUGGCAGUCGAUGGCCAUCCUUGCGCUGCAAGAGGCGAGCGAAGCGUACAUCGUGGGUCUCCUGGAACACACGAACCUGCUGGCGCUGCAUGCGAAGCGUGUGACGGUGAUGCGGAAGGAUAUGCAGCUAGCGCGGCGGAUCCGCGGCCAGUUUAUAUAG